UCGACGAAAAGUAAAACAAAAAACGCUCGCUUUCCAAGCGAAGACCGACUUUUCUUCAACUUCGUCCCAACUUCCAUAUUCCUCCUUCCCUCCAUGCCUCUUCUUCGUCUCCGCGCCUAUCUUAAUCGCCGAACCCUCAAAAACCUCCUCAGACUGAUCCGCAAGAGAUUCCAUAUGCUCGCAAUGUCCCAACCCAACUCUGAACCCGAGCUCCAAUCCUCUUCUGCACCCCGACCUCCUCCACCAUUUGAUCCAAUGGAGCCAUCCGUGCCAAUAUCUUACCCAAUCAAAACCCUCGAAGACCUCGAGUCCCAGUCCUACUUCAACUCCUUUCACUACCCUUUUAACAAAGCUUCGGUUGCUCUCCAAUCUGGCCCUUCUUAUUCAUUGCCCAAUAGGCGUAGAUUGCUCGUGUGCCAUGACAUGGAAGGAGGUUAUGUGGAUGAUAAAUGGGUCCAGGGAGGCACCAAUCCCGAGGCAUAUGCGAUAUGGCAUUGGUAUUUGAUCGAUGUUUUCGUUUACUUUUCGCAUAGUCUCGUUGCGCUUCCUCCGCCGUGUUGGAUCAAUACGGCUCACCGACACGGCGUUAAGGUACUGGGGACAUUCAUGGCAGAAUGGGAUGAAGGGAGGGUUAUUUGUGAUAGAUUGCUUUCAACAAAGGAAUCUGCCCAUUUGUAUGCCGAGCGUCUGGCAGAGCUUGCUGAUUCUUUGGGAUUUGAUGGAUGGCUGAUGAAUAUUGAGGUCAAAUUGGAUAUUGAGCAAAUCCCUCUUCUGAAAGAAUUUGUCAGCCAUCUAAACGAGACUAUGCAUUCGUUAGUGCCUGGUUCUUUAGUGAUAUGGUAUGAUAGUGUUACAAUUCAUGGUGAUCUUCAUUGGCAAGAUCAACUGAAUGAAAAGAAUAAACCUUUCUUUGAUAGUUGUGAUGGAAUAUUUGUAAACUAUAGUUGGAAGGAAAACUAUCCAAGGCUUUCAGCUGCUAUUGCUGGUGAUAGAAAGUUUGAUGUGUACAUGGGGAUUGAUGUAUUUGGAAGGGGCACUUACGGUGGUGGGCAAUGGAAUACAAACGUUGCCCUUGAUGUGCUAAAGAAGAACGAUGUGUCGGCUGCCAUAUUUGCUCCUGGAUGGGUUUAUGAGACUAAGCAACCACCUAAUUUCCAGUCCGCGCAAAAUCAUUGGUGGGCCCUUGUUGAGAAAUCAUGGGGAAUACUGCAGAAUUAUCCUAAAAUGCUGCCUUUCUACACUAAUUUUGAUCAGGGGCGUGGUUAUCAUUUUUCAAUUGAUGGAACAAAAGUAUCAGAUGACCCUUGGUGUAACAUUUCAUGCCAGGGUUUCCAGCCUUUCCUUGAGUUUGCUGAUAACCCUUCUCCAGGCAUCAUUCAAACACUUGUUGAUUUGACAGAAGCGUCUUAUAGUGGGGGAGGAAACAUCACAUUUAAAGGAACUCUUGGUGACGAUGCUUUUUUGGCAAGAAGACUUUUUCGUGGAGAAAUUCCUUUGGAGAAUUUGCCCAUCUUCUGUACAUACUCUGUGAGAUCAGAGGGCGACUCUCAAUUGGGCCUCUCUCUUCAUUUCUCCUCUACAAUGAAUGAAAGCACAUCUAUACUUCUCGCAUCCGGCGAUUUUAACCAAUUCUCAAGUAAAUUCAGUAAAGUAAUUCCAACACAGCGGCUUGAAAAGCCGGGAAAUUCCUUUGGAUGGGUCUUACAGGAGGGUAGCAUUGCACUUGAAAGCGGAGACAUGUUAACAGAAAUCCAUGCUGUGUGCUACAGGUCAAAGUAUGAAUCUAGUGCUCGCAGUUCAGUAAAGUAUUUUGCAGAGCUAGGUCAUCUCACCAUUAGAACUUCUCAUGAAAAGAAGUUGGAUUUUCUGGCUUCUUCCUCGUGGCUUGUUGACGGUCAAUUUAUAAAAUGGGCUUGUGGUUCUCGGGGUUCAAAGACCCUUAGUGUAAAAAUCGUUUGGAAACUGAAACAUGGAACUAGUACAGCAUUCUCGAACUACAAUAUCUAUGUCAAGAAAGUAACAAAACAGGUAGAAGAGGUGGCGGAGUAUCUUGGAACGGCACAUGUGGAAGCCUUUUAUGUUUCUGAUCUUGUAGUUCCUUCUGAAACUUCUAGCCUCAAAUUCAUUGUUCAAAUGUGUGCAGCUGAUGGAACUUGCCAGAAUUUGGAUGAUUCUCCAACGUUUACAGUUGAUGCUGAAGGUCCCUUAUAAGUUAACUAUUGCUGCUGCUUUUUGUUAUUUGGGGUCUCUUUUUUGUGUAAUACUAUUUGUCAUAUAUCCUUUUCCAAGGCAAGGUAGAAUGGUAAAUGAUGGCGGCACUAGUGUUGUAUCAUGGCAAUAAAGUGACAACAAAAUCAAAUUAUAAUAUAAUUGUAUGUCGCCCAGAUUAUGAUAAAAUAAUUGUCUUUCAA